GCAACCAACUUCACAUUUAUUGACGUGACUGUUGUCAAAAUUGAUAGAAAACCACUGAAGAUAAAGCCCUGAUAUAAAUAUAAUGUUUAUCCGGUUUAGUUUCCUGUUUUCCAGCGUGAUUUUGUGCAGAUUAUCGUAACAUAGGUACAUGAUCAUGAGCAAUGCUAAAGUUUUGGAAGAAAGCAGCCAAUAAACGGAGCAAGAAUCAUGACUGUACACCUUCACCACAGCCAAUUGAAAAGCCAUUGGCUGUUCCACUUGAGGACGAAGGUUUGUGCGACAUUGAAACAUUCGAAGCGACCAGAGAAAGAUCGAGGCUUUCGAAAACUCUGGGAGAUAUUCUAGGGGACAAAAGUGCGUUGGGGUACUUUAUCCAAUACAUGGAGGUGCGCAAUGCCUCCUGCUAUAUUCUCUGCUAUUUGGACAUAGAAACUUUCAAAGCCGAUCUUCAGAACUGCGACGAUACUCUCAAAGGGGCUUCCAGUAACUCGCCGCUGGCUAAUAGAUCAGACCAUGACAGUCUCUCGGUGAGCACAGAGUGCGAUUCACUCACUGCUGACUCCAGUAGCUUGUACGAUUACAUGACAAAUUCCGAUCAGAAAAGCUCAGAAGCCAAUUCUCCUUGUGAUAUAACUGAUAAGGACAAGAGCUCUCCAUUGAAGCUGGUUGAGUUGGCUUUGGUCAUUUUCAAGAAGUACAUUGCCCUGGAAGCGAAGCUCAACAUCAACUGCCCGGAACAGUUCAGGAAUGAAAUUAUGGAAAGCAUUUGCGACGCAGACAAGCUGAUUCUGGGCAGCUGCUUUGACUCAGUGCAAAAACACCUGUUUGAUUUGAUGAAAAAUGAGUAUUUUAACGCCUUUUUGGAAACCGACUUCUUCUCCAAGCACCUCAUUGAUGUCCUGACCGGCUCUAACAUCGUCCUCGAUGACAUUCUAUACAACGAAACAGCUCUGUUUUAUUUCAUGGAAUUUCUGGAACAGGAAAGCAAGCGAAGCUUGCUGGAGUUCUGGAUCGCUGCCACCAAUUUGCAACAGCAAUUGAGGGAUCAGAAAGAGUUUUUCGAUCCGAUCGAAGCUCAGAACGAUGCGAUUGUUUUGUAUGACAAAUACUUCUCGUUGCAAGCGCACUGCCCGCUCGGAUUUACCGAUAAGAUUCGAUUCACGGUAGAGCAAAACAUAUGUGGGGAGCAUGGUUUGGACAUUGAUUGCUUCCACCUACCUCUGAAGAUUGUCGAGCGGUUUUUAGAGAAGCACUGCUUCAAGCCGUUUCUGGCUUCCCAGCUGUUUUUCAAGUACUUAUCCGAGCUGAUUAAUACAGUGCAAGCUAGCGGCUACUCAACCAAUAUAGAGCACAAAACCUACUCGCCCUCAGACUGUAGCAGCGAGAAGAGCUUCAGCACAAGCACCUUUUUGGCGCUGGAGCUGCCAUAUGAGAGAAAGGAUGCCAAAACCAACAUGUGCAUUGAUAGCAGAGAACUGUACGAUCCAGAUGCGUUGUGGAAGCGGAAAAAGACCCAUCGCUUGUCUUUGGGACGGGUGACCGAGCUGGGCAAGUACAUAGCAGAGUUCGAGCCGGAACCGGACCGCAAUGGCUUCAAAUUCAAGAACGUGGUCAAGAAGAUCGUUAGCUUGGACGAGGAGGAUAAGCGAAAGGAGGAAAUGGCCUGGAAAGUAGCGGAAAUGAUCGUCAAAGAUAUCACCAGCGUGACUCUAAACGGUCAUUUGUAGCGUUCUAAGGUGACGCUUAAAAUUAAUCGUGCCGUAGAUAUUUUUUUAGGAACAAUAGGACCGAUUUUAGCGGACAAUAAGAAAUUUUUGUGCAAUUAUAACUGAUUUCAAUGAACUAAGCUUGAAAAACCAUAGCGGAUUUUUAUGUUUUGUUCACAUUCACUAUGUUUUCACUAUCGUCCAUAUAGUUUUAGAUUUGCAAACAGCACUCUCUCGUGUAGAAACACCUUUUUUGUUUAUCACGGACUAGUUUAUAUGUUGUAUCGCUUUUAAGUUGGUUUUUACUCUUAUUGUUCUCUCUAAUACCAAUAAUCUAUUUUAGAAAUUAUGCUAGUCAGGUAUGUAGAAGCUACUUCAUGUUGUACAUUCAAAUUUGAUGUUCUAUAUUUUUUUAUAAUAGUUCACGCACAUUUGUACAUAUUUUGAACUGUACAUUAUUGUGACUUAUUUAUUUUUUUAUUGUAGGUGUGAGCCUGAUAGCGGCGAUUAAUUAUCAAGAUUAUUAGGCACUAUUAAUAAAGUAUGUUGUAUA